AUUAGCCCCGCCUCUACUCAUAUUGGGGCCCCUACCUCUGCUCGCAUAGUUCAGUACCGUUACAUGUGCGUGUCAGUGGACCGUCACGAGCCAUCAUGUCCAGACUGAGCCUGGCCUGCGCUAUCGCCAUUCUCGCAGUGCUUUUGUCGGGAUCCUGCCUCGCCAGCCGCAAACUUCUGGUGUUCCUCAUCGAUGGUUUUCGAUAUGAUUACAUGGACGAUCUGCAAAACUUGCCUGGGUUUAAAGAGAUUAUGGAUAAUGGGGUCAAAGUGGAUUACAUGACCCCCGACUUCCCCAGCCUUUCAUACCCCAAUUACUACUCACUAAUGACAGGCCGGUACUGUGAAGUGCACCAAAUGACAGGGAAUUACAUGUGGGAUCAGGGCUCUCUCAAGGAAUUCCUAAUCGGCAUCAACCCAGACAGUCGGCUGCCAAUGUGGUGGGACGGGUCUGAGCCCAUCUGGGUAACCAUGCAGAAACUCGGGAAGAAAGUCUUCAUGUACUAUUGGCCCGGUUGUGAGGUGGAGAUUCUGGGUGUGAGACCUUCGUUCUGUGAGGAAUACGUCUACAAUCCCACAGAGAGAAAUCUGACAGAUUCUAUUGAAAGAGCUCUCGAUGGUUUACGUAGUGGCAGAGCAGACAUGGCUGCUGUGUACUAUGAGAAGAUUGACGUAGAGGGGCAUCACUAUGGCCCCAUGUCUUCUCAGGUGAAGACUGCUGUUCAGAGGCUGGACAUCGCCUUCCAGGUGCUAAACCAAAAAAUUAAGGAGAAGGACCUGCGUGACGAGCUGAACGUCAUCAUGUUCUCCGACCAUGGGAUGACAGAGAUCAAGUGGAUGGAGAAAGUCAUUGAGCUUGUGACGUACAUAAACAUGUCUGACGUUGUCAAGAUGAUGGACCGGGGGCCUGUCGUCAGUCUGUGGCCAAAACAAGCUAAAUAUGAGGAGGUCUACAGAGCACUGAGCAGUGUACGGAACAUGAAUGUCUACAGGAGGAAUCAGGUCCCUGAUCGCUUCCAUUACAAGGGGGGGAAGUUUGUCUCCAGUCUGACCCUGGUGGCUGACCCUGGCUGGUUCAUAACAGAGAGCAAGUCCAAACUGCCUUUCUGGCAGAACAGCAGUUCACCAGAGCCGCAGGGAUGGCAGCAUGGUUGGCACGGCUACGACAACGAGUUUGUGGACAUGCGGGGCUUCUUCUUAGCACAGGGACCAGAUUUCAAGAGGAAUGUGCGUGCGGCCCCUAUCAGAGCAGUGGAUGUGUACAACCUGAUGUGUAGGACUCUGGGGAUUCUGCCUCUGCCCAACAACGGUUCCUGGUCCCGGGUGGAGUACCUUCUCAGUGGCUCUGUGGGCCUGGCCUGGCCUAGUCCUCUCUGGGCUCUGGGUCUACUAGUCCUGGUGCUGUCUCUACAGGCUUAGAAACAGAGAGAUUCCCUCAUUCACUAGAGUGGGUGAUGUCAUAUACCCACAUAGCUCUAUAAUGCGCUGAUAAUGGCAGGCAGAGUCAUGGAUCCUAUUAAAUUAUUAUUUUGUGUUUUCAUUCCUAAUUCUAUGGGCAGAGCCAUGUAGUUGAGUCCUAGACAUUCUGUUACAUAACAGAAUGUUACAAUGCUCCCCAUGUAAUGUUAAUGGGGAGCUAACAUGGCUGCAAUAGAAUGUUGCAGUGUCAUGUAAAUGCAGAAAUCUCAAUGGCCCAACUCUAUAAUUACAUGGUUCUGAUGACAGCAAUCUACCCUAUCAUGGCACCUGAGCCAACACAGGUUUCCAAACCAUUUCCUAUUCUAAACAUGACAGUGAAAAGUACAAAACACAUUGAUCACACAGGUUUUAUAUCUAAAUAUGGGUUGACAGUGCCUUCAGUUUAUAUAAUAUAUCCAAAAACUCUCUUUGCAAACCAAAACAUUUUAUAAGUAAUCUGGACCAACCUUAGUUUACAAUCAUCUCUAUCGUGAUUUGCUGCUGCUAAAGGAGCUAACAUGAGCGCCGUAAAUUCCUUACAGCAUCAAUGUCCUCUUCAUCAUUGUAUCUGUGAAGGAGGGUUGGAUGAAAGAAUGACGUCUUUUUUAUAAUUGUUUGAAUAUGAGGUUUAGAAGAACUCUCUGCAUUGUUCUAUACUGUAAUGAAGUAAAUGUCGUUUUUUACUUAUUGUCACCUUUGUUUUUUUUGCUGCAAAUCUUCAGACUUCCAUGGAAAAGCUCUGUGGUGUUUCUACUAAUUCGAUUGAUCAAUAAAACCUUGAAAAAAAA